AUGACCCGAAUGUCGUGAAUGUGACUGUAUUUACUGACUCGCAUCGUGUGAGGAGGACUGUGUGUAGUCAGAUGAAUCCAGAUGUGCUGAAUGGCCUGACAGAGCGACAUACAGACAGAGGGCACCAUCUCUCUGUUUAUAAACACACAUCUGCUCAUAGGAAGAAUCACACGGGUGGAUUGAUGCACCCUUUCCAGUGGUGCAACGGGUGCUUCUGCGGUUUGGGACUGAUCUACUCCAAUAAGACCUGCACUAUGCCAUCCAUCACCUUCCAGGACCUGCCUCUCAAUAUCUAUAUGGUUAUCUUCGGCACAGGCAUCUUUGUCUUCGUACUCAGCCUCAUAUUCUGCUGCUAUUUUAUAAGUAAACUGAGACACCAAGCCCAAAGUGAGCGCUUUGGAUACAGAGAGGUUAUUUUAAAAGGAGACCCGAAGAAGCUGAAUCUUCAUGGGCAGACGUGUGCCGUGUGCCUGGAGGACUUUAAGGUGAAAGAUGAGCUGGGAGUGUUGCCGUGCCAACAUGCCUUUCACAGGAGGUGUGUGGUGAAGUGGCUGGAGGUGCGCUGUGUGUGUCCCAUGUGUAAUAAACCCCUGGGCGGAUCGCCGGAGCAGAACCAGAGCAUCGGGACUCUGCUGGACGAGCUGGUGUAGACGAACAUCUGACUCUCUCUGGAGGCUUUUACAGACAUAAACAGCCCGAUAACUCUCUGAUCCGACACCUCAUUCUGAGACUGAACC